AUGGCAAGUAGCAAUCAAGCAUCCACGAUAAAAACAAAUAGAAAUAGUGAUCCAUCGACUGAUAUUAAUGUUUUAUUAAUGGGACAAACAGGUGUUGGAAAAUCAACAUUUAUCAAUGCUUUAGCUAAUUAUUUAUGUAAUGAUACAUUAGAAGAAGUUACUAAUGAUCAAAUGCAAAUUCUUAUUCCAUCAGCAUUUUCUUUUACUCAUGAAGAGAUGUUUGAUGAAAAAAGGAUACAAGUUGGAGAAGAAAAUGAAUAUGAAAAGUUAAAUGAUGAUGGUCAAACAUGUACACGAUAUUGUCGAAGUUUUGUUUUUCCUGUUGGUAAAAAGAAUUUACGAAUAAUUGAUACACCUGGAAUAGGAGAUACGCGAGGUCUUGAACAAGAUACUAAAAAUUUUCAUGAAAUAUUAACUUUUAUUUCACAAUAUGAGCAUUUAAAUGCGAUCUGUAUUUUACUUAGACCAAAUGAAGAACGUUUAACAAUACUUUUUAGAUUUUGUGUUAAUGAACUUCUUCGACAUUUACACGUAAGUGUAAGAGAAAAUAUUAUUUUUGUUUUUACAAAUGCUCGUUCUACAUUUUUUAAACCUGGUUCGACAUCGAAAAUUCUACGAGCACUUUUAAAUGAACUUAAGUUAACACAAAAUAUAGAAGUAUGCUUUACAAGAGAGAAUAGUUUUUUAUUAGAUAAUGAAUCAUUUCGAUAUAUGGCCUUACGUAAAGAUGGAAUUGAAUUAAGUAAGGGCUUGUUUACAAAUCACAUCAUUAGAUCGUAAUUUAUCAAAAGCCUAACUUUGUUUUAAAGAAAGUUUUCUUAAUUUUUUUCUUAUCAUAAUUCUAUGGUUCUUGAAAAUCUCGCGCUGUUAAUACAUAAUUAUAGCUAUGCGUUAUUCUUAUUUGGUUUUCUUUUUGUGUACUCAAAAAGUGAGUACACUACUAAAAUCGGUCAGUGUGUCCGGCCGUCCGUCCGUCCGUCCGUCCGUUUAUUCGAUAACUUUUGAAAGGAGAGUCAGAUCGCGAUGAGAUUUUCUACACAGUUCAGUCUUAACAAUAUCUCGGUCGAGUUCGAAGAUGAGAAGGAUUGGCCGAGCCAUUCCUGGGUUAUUGCAAAAAUACUCGUUUUUCCCUAUACAUUCCCUAUGGAAAGAUUGAGCCAUCCCCGCUUUCGUAAACAACUUUUCCUAUUCUGGUCAACUAAAAUCCCAACUAUUAUAUACCAUU